AUGGCCCAGCGAUCCUCCGUGACCGUCAAGUCUGGGGCCACACGGAACUUCAGCGCCUCCUCGGCCAGCCUCCUGCCUGCCUGCCGGCCUGGUUUCAGCUCUGUCUCUGUGUCCCAGAGUGGAAAGAGUUUUGGAGGUGGCUUCGGGGGUGGCUUUGGGACAAGAAGCCUACACAGCUUUGGGGGUAACAAGAGAAUCUCCAUAGGUGGCGUCUACCGCUCCAGCAGAGCCGGCUUCGGGGGUGCUGCCUGUGGGCUAGGUGUCAGCAGCGGCAUAGGGUACAGAGUUGGGGGAGCCUAUGGCGGGUAUGGAUUUGGAGGUGGCAUGGCCUCUGGAGCCGGGGGCAUCCACGAAGUUACCGUCAACCAGAGCCUCCUGACGCCCCUGCAUCUGGAGAUUGAUCCGUCUCUCCAGCGAGUCAGGAAGGAGGAGCGGGAGCAGAUCAAGAGCCUGAACAACAAGUUCGCCUCCUUCAUCGACAAGGUGCGGUUCCUGGAGCAGCAGAACAAAGUCCUAGAGACCAAGUGGAGCCUCCUGCAGGAGCACAAGACAACCAGGACCAACCUAGAGCCCAUGUUUGAGGCUUACAUCAGCAACCUGAGGCGCCAGCUGGAGUGCCUGGGAGGAGAGCGCGGUCGGCUGGAGUCGGAGCUCAAGAGCAUGCAGGACGUGGUGGAGGACUUCAAGAACAAGUAUGAAGAGGAAAUCCACAGACGCACGGCAGCAGAAAAUGAAUUCGUCGUUCUCAAAAAAGACGUGGACGCCGCCUACAUGAACAAGGUGGAGCUGGAGGCCAAGGUGGACGCCCUGAUGGACGAGAUCAACUUCCUGAGAGCUUUCUAUGAGGCGGAGCUGGCUCAGCUUCAGACCCAGAUCUCAGACACGUCUGUGGUCCUCUCCAUGGACAACAACCGCAGCCUGGACCUGGACAGCAUCAUCGCCGAGGUCAAGGCUCAGUACGAGGACAUCGCCAACCGCAGCCGGGCAGAGGCUGAGUCCUGGUACCAGACCAAGUAUGAGGAGCUGCAGCGCUCUGCUGGCCAGCGUGGAGACGACCUCCGCACCACUAAGAUGGAGAUCUCUGAGCUGAACAGGGCCAUGCAGAGGCUGCGCUCUGAGAUUGACAACCUGAAGAAGCAGUGUGCCACACUCCAGGCUGCCAUCGCUGAUGCUGAGCAGCGUGGGGAGCUGGCCCUCAAGGACGCUAAGAACAAGCUGGCCGAGCUGGAGGACGCCCUGCAGAAGGCCAAGCAGGACAUGGCCAGGCAGCUGCGAGAGUACCAGGAGCUCAUGAACGUCAAGCUGGCGCUGGACAUCGAGAUCGCCACCUACAGGAAGCUGCUGGAAGGAGAGGAGUGCAGGCUCACAGGAGAAGGUGUUGGUGCCGUGAACAUCUCCGUGGUGUCUUCCUCCGGGGGCGCGGGCUACAGCGGAGGUGGUGGCCUCUGCAUGAGUGGGGGCAGUUACAGCGGCGGCGGCAGCUACAGUGGGAGUGGCCUCUGCUACGGUGGUGGAGGCAGCGGCGGUUUCAGCUCCACCAGCGGUCGCAGUGUGAGCGGCAGCAGCUCAAGUGUGCGGAUUGUCUCCAAGACAUCAUCCAGCAAGAAGAGUUUCAGGAGCUAACGUGCUACCUGCCUAGGCGCUGUCCCCAGGCCCCCAGCUCCCCAGCACUAAGGCCUGCGCUUAGCCCAAGCCCACAAUCCCCAGCAAGAGGCACUGACGCAAAGCGGCCUGUGAGUUUUAAGGUUACCAUCCCUCUGCCUCCAGGCAGGUCUCCACAGAGAUGCCUCACCCACUCCUCAUCUCAAAAGUCCCUCCG